AUGAAGACUCAGACUCUUUUCAGCUCAGCGCUGCUCUUCGCUGCGAAGAGUGUUCUUGCGAACAAUGCCAUCCCCGACAGUGCUUUCUCGCAGAAUAAUGGUAUCGCUGCUGCCCAGGCAGCCGCUCCUGCUUGGUUUAUGGCCUCUGGGACCUGCAUGCCUUCGGCUGCCGAAGACGGCCAAGGUCACCAGACGAACGGUGUUGAUCCCGACAACUGCAACCUUGGCAAAUUAGCGAAUGGUUGUCCCCAGCAGCCGUCAUGGCAGGGCGCAAACACAUUCUACGGCAAUAUCGCCGGAGAACCGUUCAGCAACAUUCCGACGUACUACAACGUUGUCAAAUGCGGCAACCAGUGGAAGAUCCUCUACUAUGUGUAUUUCAAGAAGGAUACUGGCCACAAGAGUGACUGGGAAGGUGUCGUGAUUGCCUUCAAUGACCAGGGCGGAGGCAAGUGGACUCGAACCAACAUGGCUAUGGAACAAGACGGAAGCCAUCCAUGGGUUGAUUGGGACAAGAUCAACGACACAUUCGACGGCAACGACGACUUUACAAACUGGGGCCAGAAGAGCCGGGACCAUCCCAAGGUGUACUUCGGCAAGUGGCAUCACUCUGCCCACAUCGACUGGCACACUACCACUUUCAAGAACACUUGCCCCCCUAACUCUGAAAACGACUUCCGUAAUGCAGACUAUCAGUUCAAGGCCGUCGACAACUUACGUCACGUUACUGUUAUCGACCCUAGCUGGGUCUGGGGUCAAGCAUCUUCGCCUGUCAAGAUUGAUGUUUGCACGUACUAG